AUGGAUAUUAAUUCAGGACACAUAAAUCAUUCAUACAUAUGCGAUACUAAAUCUUUCAAUCAAAAGCAUCCCAGUCAAAAUCAAGUUAGACAACGAAGUAGAAGUAGCGCGGAUACCUCAAUUGUUUACAAAAGUCCUCAUCAACACGGACAGAGGAGUAGAAGUUUCGAUUAUAUAAACACAUCAAAGUAUCAUAAAAACCUGAGGGAACAUUGGACUGGGUUCCUAUUCUCUAAGGAGUUCCUCCCACUCGAGGAGAACGAUAACCUAAAUAAAUCUAAAGACAAGGAGGUACCAGAUGGCGGAUGGGGAUGGUUUAUUUUACUCAGCAGUUUUAUGAUACAAUUUAUUGUAAUUGGGUUUGACGGUGCAUCUGGUAUCCUGUUUCUGAAAUUCACAGAUAGAUAUAAACAAUCGGCUGCAAUCACAGCUUGGCUUGGUUCACUUGCAACGGCGUUAAGACUGUCUCUAGGUCCUUUGGCUAGUGGUUUAAGCAAUAGAUUUACUGAGAGGGUCCUGAUUAUGGCCAGUGGAGUGAUACUAGCAUUAUCUAUGGUAUUGACAGGGCUCUCGCCAAAUGUUAUAUAUGUCUUCCUGAGCUUUGGCAUAUGUGGAGGAAUCGGCAGAUCAUUUGCUUACUGUCCAGCCAUAGUUAUGUUAGGCAUAUACUUUAAGAAAAAACAAGGUAUAGUAACUGGAAUUGCAGCUUCUGGUUGUGGAGUUGGACGGUUUGCAAUGUCCCUUUUGGUACCGCUGUUGUUCAGAUAUUUUGACUUCCGAGGAGCCUUCAUUUCAAUGGGAGGCAUUGCUUUACAGAUUGUUGUAAUGGGAGCACUGAUGAGACCUCUAUCUGUUACAAAAACUAAAAUAAUCAGCGAAGGCAACAAAGGAUCAAAUGUCCGUGCAGAAUUAAAUAAUAAUGGUUGCAACUUGUCUUCUGUUGCUGUUACAAUACCUGAGGACAAGAUACUAAACAAUGAAAUCAAAGAAAAAAUUAUAUCCGAGAAAGAUACAGGUGAUGAGAAUAAGACUCCAAUAUUUAACUUUGCCUUGCUGAAAGAAAUGAGAUUUCUAGGCUUUUGUAUAACCAUGUUACUAUCUUCAUUGGCAGAACAGUCAGCUUUUGUAUUUCUACCAGCAUUUUCUGAGGAAAUUGGUGUCCUUGGAAACUUUAGUUCAGAAUAUACCCUAGCCAUUACUUCGGUUUUUAAUACUUUUGCUAAAGUUUUAGCUGGUUUUGUAUUUGAUUGUGGAUUUGUUAGACCAUACCGUGUUUAUCUUUAUAAUGCAUUAAUGUUUGGUCUGGUUAUAGUUUCAUUUGCGAUACCGUCAGUCAAAACAUUUACCCAACUAGCUAUAGCUUGUGCAUUGUAUGGCAUGUUUUCUGGGUCAUACACGGCACAGAAAUCAGUGGUUAUCGUGGAUAUUCUAGGCAGAGAUAAACUUAAAUACUCUUAUGGAAUCCUGAUGAUGUUCCAAGGUAUCGGUGUGUUCAUUGGACCUCCUUUAUCUGGUUUGGUUAAAGAUAUAAAUGGACGGUAUGACGUUGCAUUUUACAUUGGUGGUGUUGGUAUGUUAGUUGGAUCAAUGAUUCUUUUUAUAAACAAUGUUGUUCAUUAUGUCAAGUCAAAGAACAAUACUACAAAGGGAGAUAAACCCGGAACACUUCCACAUAACAAUAGUACAAAUGAAGAUAAACCCGGAACACUUCAAAAGACAAUACAAAUAUCUGUUAUACCAGCUGACAACUUGAUAUCUUGA